AUGUCUGCGAAGAGCAUCCUCGAGGCCGACGGCAAGGCCAUCCUCAACUACCACCUCACCCGUGCCCCCGUCAUCAAGCCCAGCACGCUACCAAACCCGACCAAGCACAACCCUCCUCCCAGACUUGCUUCCCUCCACUUCGCUGAGGAUGCCGAUGUGGACGGUGUUCUCAACCAGGCUGAGGUCACCUACCCUUGGCUCCUCCAGGAGGGCGCCCGCUUCGUCGCCAAGCCCGAUCAGUUGAUCAAGCGCCGUGGCAAGAGCGGUCUCCUUGCUCUCAACAAGACCUGGGCUGAGGCCAAGGCCUGGAUUGCUGAGCGCGCCGGUAAGCCUCAGAAGGUCGAGCACACAGAGGGCGUCCUUCGCCAGUUCCUCGUUGAGCCGUUCGUGCCCCACCCCCAGGAAACCGAGUAUUAUAUUAACAUCAACUCCGUUCGUGAUGGUGACUGGAUUCUCUUUUACCACGAGGGUGGUGUCGAUGUCGGUGACGUCGAUGCGAAGGCCGAGAAGAUCCUAAUCCCCGUCGACCUUUCACAAUAUCCUUCCAACGAGGAGCUUGCGAGCACGCUGCUCAAGCAUGUUCCCAAGGGCAUUCACAAUGUCCUUGUUGACUUCAUUGCCCGUCUCUAUGCCGUCUACGUGGACUGCCAGUUCACCUACCUCGAGAUCAACCCCUUGGUUGUCAUUCCCAACGAGGAUGCCACCUCUGCUCAGGUUCACUUCCUCGAUCUUGCUGCUAAGCUCGACCAAACGGCCGACUUCGAGUGUGGCAACAAAUGGGCUAUCGCCCGUUCUCCCGCCGCCUUGGGCAUUGUUGCUCAGAGCUCUGGCGGUGUCAACAUCGAUGCCGGCCCGCCCAUUGAGUUCCCCGCUCCCUUCGGCCGUGAGCUCUCCAAGGAGGAGGCUUACAUUGCUGAGCUUGAUGCCAAGACUGGUGCCUCGCUCAAGCUUACUGUCCUGAACCCCAAUGGCCGUAUCUGGACUCUUGUUGCCGGUGGUGGUGCCUCCGUGGUCUACGCCGAUGCCAUCGCCUCGGCUGGUUUUGCUGAUGAGCUUGCCAACUACGGUGAGUACUCUGGUGCUCCCACCGAGUCUCAGACCUACCACUACGCCCGCACUGUUCUCGACCUUAUGCUCCGUGCUCCUGUGUCUGAGAAGGGCAAGGUCCUCUUCAUCGGCGGUGGUAUUGCCAACUUCACCAACGUCGCUAGCACUUUCAAGGGUGUCAUCAAGGCUCUUAGGGAGUACGGCAAGGCUCUCAUUGAGCACAACACUCAGAUUUGGGUCCGUCGUGCCGGUCCCAACUACCAGGAGGGUCUUAAAAACCUCAAGGCUGCGACACAAGAGCUCGGUCUUAACGCCAAGAUCUUUGGCCCCGAGAUGCACGUCAGUGGUAUCGUGCCUCUGGCAUUGGUCCCUGGCAAGUGGGAGGAGAGCGGUGCGGUGGAGUUCCAAGCCUAA